UCUGUCAGUCAAUGAUGUCAUUUUCAUUAUUUUCAAUUUGAGAAAUUUCUAUUAUUUACAAUAAAAUUACCUAUUUAAGUUUAAACAUUAGUAUUGUUUGAAAAUAGAAGUAUCAGAAGAAGUGUUUAUUAAAUAAUAAAAAUUCUAAAUAAGUAAAAACGACAGUAUAAGUGAAAGCAACAGAAAAACCUGCCCUACCUCGUAGAAAUUAUACCAAAACUGCAAUAAUGGGUAAUGAAAUGUCUUCGAGUGCUAUGGAAAAGCACCUCUUUAAUCUCAAAUUUGCUGUAAAGGAGCUAGAAAGAAAUUCAAAGAAAUGUGAAAAAGAGGAAAAGCAGGAGAAAGCAAAAACAAAACAAGCGAUACAAAAAGGAAAUAUGGAAGUAGCUAGAAUACACGCAGAAAAUGCUAUAAGACAAAAAAAUCAAUCUAUUAAUUACUUAAGGAUGUCCGCUAGGGUUGAUGCUGUAGCUAGUAAAAUACAAUCGGCAGUUACAACAAGAAAAGUUACAAAUUCAAUGGCUGGUGUUGUAAAAGCAAUGGAUGUUGCCAUGAAGAGUAUGAAUCUUGAGAAAAUCUCGAAUGUUAUGGAUAAAUUUGAGCAACAAUUUGAAGACCUUGGUGUACAAACUGAUGUUCUUGAAAAUACAAUGGGACAAACCACAACCACCCUUGUUCCUACGAAUGAUGUGGAUUCACUUAUGCAACAAGUUGCUGAUGAAGCAGGUUUGGAAUUAAACAUGGAACUACCACAACAACCUACAGGGACUCAAGUGGGCACUGCUACUGCAUCUCAAGAGCAGGAUGAACUUUCUCAACGACUCGCACGGUUGAGACAAGCAGAAUAAAUCCAAAAUCAGUGAGGGACAAUAUAAAAAAAUUAAUAUAUUUGAUCUAUUUUUAAUUUUGAAGUGGUUCUAUUCAUAUUGCUUUGGUUAAAUCGUUUAUAUUAAAAAAAAAUAGGUACUUUGCGGCCGCUACUCGAGAAAAUACUGAAAUAUCGGUAGGAAUGUAUUUGUUAGAAAGAAUUUAUUUUUUUAAAAAUGAUUCUAUUUUCUUAUAGUUUAAAAUAUAUGUAUUUUCAUUACUAUUAAAUCGUUUUUGUUCUUACCCAGGUCGGUACAUUUUUAGUUUGCAAUAUAUUUUAUUAAAAUGGCUAUAUUUAAAGAUUAUCACCAAUUUUCUUCAUGGUAUUUUUUUAUUAUUCACUUAUUGCAUUUUUUUUAUUUUUAUGAGACCUGUCAUUAAGAAACACCAAUUUUGUCUCUAGGUUUUCUGUAUUUACUCUUUUAAACAUAUUGCUGUGAUAUUGUUCCUAGAAAAUAAAAAUAAUUUGUUAUUGAAUAGAACCUCGUCCAAGUUAUAUUUCUAUUGUAAAACUAUUCUUUACACAAGUGUCAAUGUCUGAUAACACAGCUUUUGUAUUAUAUCUAUA